UUUGAUAUAAUUUUAAAAAUGGCUUCUUUGAUUUUAUGCUUUGUAAUCUGAGUCUUCCUUACUGUCUGUAAUUCUCAGAUGGAGAUGGCUGAGAAUCCAGCGAACAACAAUAUCUUCAGAAGUGAUUACAGGGACAAACCUAUAAUCGGCCCAAUCCCUAGAAACAUUACAUAUGGAGGAAAGACUCUUGAGUUCCACGAAUGUGGCAUGAUGUACCACAACUCUGACAGCAUGCUGGACGAGAUUAUUGAUAUUUAUAACAACGUGACUUUCGGUAAAAAUUACAAAAGCAGAUGCCAAGACAACCAAAAGAAUCAAAUCCAUGUACAUUUGGACUUCAAAAAGAAGAGCGAUAAAUAUGUUCCGCUAGGAUUCGAUGCUGAAUACGAAAGAUAUGAGCUAGCAGUUGAUGAGCAGAGUAAUGUCAAUAUUACUGCAGACUAUUAUCCAGGAAUUGUGAGAGCUCUUGACACUUUAUCGCAACUGAUUGAGCAGACCUCAGAUGAUAAUAAUGAGCAGUACGAUAUCAAGUAUGUUCCUAUCAAGAUCACUGAUUAUCCUGAGUAUCCUUACAGAGGUCUCAUGAUUGAUACGGCAAGAGAGUAUUUCUAUCCUGAUGUUCUCAAGACUGCGCUUGAUGGAAUGCUGCUAGGAAGAACUAACAGUUUCCAUUGGCAUUUCCUUGAUGAUGACAGCUUUGGGUUAUUUAUGAAAUCGUACCCUGACAUGGUCAAUUACACGGCUUUCAGCGAUAAAGAAAUUUACACACCUGAAGACGUCAAGGAAAUUGUAAGGUACGCUCAGGUGAGAGCAAUAAGGGUGAUCCCAGAAAUUGAGGGCCCAGGUCACUUACAUAUCACUAACUUUUAUCCUGAAUUUAAAGGAGUUAUCGGCUGCUUUAGAAAUUACACAGAUGUUUCUUCAUACCAUGGUGGGCCACCUUACGCUUCAAUAAACCCAGCUGAUGAGCGAACAUAUACAUUUAUCAGGAAGCUAUUUACCGAUUUGAAAGAAAUCCUUGACACAGAUUACAUUCACCUCGGAGCUGACGAAGUCAGCUAUGGAUGUUUUUCAAAUUUAGAUAUUACCAAGAAGUUCCUGAAGGAAAACAACAUGACCUCUGGAGACCUUUUUGAAUACUAUAUAAAGAGAGUCAGAGAAAUUUUAGAAGAUGUAUACCCAGGAAUAAAUGCUGGAUACUGGCAAAGUAACAAUCCUGUCAAGUAUUCUGGGAAUAAAACAGUUCUUCAAGUGUGGGGAGGGUCGUUGAAAGAAACUCUCAAGGGCCAUCCUGACACAAAGGUAAUUUUUUCCAGUGCUUCCACUUAUUAUCUUGAUUGUGGAUAUUAUAAUCAAUAUGCUGGUAGCUCGUGGUGUGGUUCAAUCAAUUCUUGGAAAGAAAUUUAUGAUUUUAAUCUUGGGAAUGAAUACUCUGCUGAGGACAGAGAUAGAGUUUUAGGAGGAGAACUUCCUGCCUGGAGUGAGAUGAAUAAUGAGUUCAACCUUCCUCUCAAACUCUUCCCUCGUGGAGCAGCUCUUUCCUUCAGAUUGUGGAAUUCUAAGAUUCCUAAGCACUAUGUAGAAGUCCCUGAGAUGCUAGUCAAGCACCAAUACAGAUUGAAGAGCUAUGGGAUUCCAUGUUCAAGAGUAACACAAAGAUAUUGCGAGAAGCAUUUACAUCACUGCUUUGGAAAAGAAAAAUAUUAA